AAUAGUGUCAGACUCCUGACUCGGGAGCCCUUCCCUCACUUUAAAGGGCAACUUUGCUCUGCCCUGCACUGAGGCUUCCCCAGCCCGCCCCCAGCCGAGCCCCCUGCAGUCCAGCGCCAGCUGAGAGGGAAGCGUGCAGAGAUGGAGGGCAAAGCAUUGAUCCUGGUCGCCCUAGGUUUGUGCUUCCAGAGUCUGACCACAUCCACAGGGGUGGCCGCUGCCUCCUCGAACAGAAGAAGAGGAAAUGACAAUUUUAAAGACAUUGAAAGCAAAUUUGCUCUGAGGACACCAGAGGAAAUCACUGAGGAUAGAUGCCAUCUUGUUCCUGGAGACAUCAAUUCUGUGGCUGGCUGUAACUUCAAUCAUAGCAGCAAAACCUUUGUGGUGAUUCAUGGAUGGACGGUGACAGGAAUGUAUGAGAGUUGGGUGCCCAAACUUGUAGGGGCUCUGUUCAAGAGGGAGCCAGACUCCAACGUCAUUGUAGUCGAUUGGCUGUCAAGAGCCCAACAGCACUAUCCAGUAUCUGCCGGUUACACAAAGGUGGUGGGACAAGAUGUCGCCAGAUUUAUCAAUUGGUUGUCGGAGCAGUUCAACUACCCACUAGACAACAUUCAUUUCUUGGGGUACAGUCUUGGAGCCCAUGCUGCUGGUGUUGCAGGAAGUCUGACAAAUAAGAAGAUUAACAGAAUUACUGGCUUAGAUCCUGCUGGUCCUAAUUUUGAAUAUGCUGAAGCUCCCAGUCGCCUUUCUCCAGAUGAUGCAGAUUUUGUAGAUGUCUUGCACACUUUCACUCGAGGAUCUCCGGGUAGAAGUAUUGGAAUCCAGAAGCCAGUGGGCCAUGUUGACAUUUAUCCUAAUGGAGGCUUCUUUCAACCAGGGUGCAAUCUUUUUGAUGCUAUUAAUCAAAUUGCAACAAAAGGUCUUGGAGAUAUGGAUCAGCUAGUAAAGUGCUCUCAUGAACGGUCCAUUCAUCUCUUCAUUGACUCUCUCCUGAAUGAAGAAAACCCAAGUAAGGCGUACCGUUGCAGUUCAAAGGAAGCCUUUGAUAAAGGGCUCUGCUUAAGCUGUAAGAAGAAUCGCUGCAACAACAUGGGUUAUGAGAUCAAUAAAGUGAGAGCCAAGAGAAGCAGCAAAAUGUACCUGAAGACCCGUUCUCAGAUGCCCUACAAAGUUUUCCAUUAUCAAGUGAAGUUACAUUUUCUUGGGACUGAAAGUGUGACUCAGAUCAAUCAGGUGUUGUUGCUCUCUCUGUAUGGCACCAUAGCUGAGAGUGAAGACAUCUCUAUUACCCUGCCUGAAAUGUCCACCAACAAGACUUAUUCCUUUCUGAUUUACACUGAGAUCGAUAUUGGAGAACUACUCAUGGUGAAAGUACAGUGGAAAAGUGAUUCUUUCUUUAGCUGGUCUGACUGGUGGAGCAGCACUGGUUUUGGCAUCCAGAAAAUCAGAGUCAAAGCAGGAGAAACUCAGAAAAAGGUUGUCUUCUGUUCCAGAGAAAAUAUAUCCCAUUUGAAGAAAGGAAAAGACCCUGUGGCAUUUAUGAAAUGCUAUGACAAAUCACUGAACAAAAAGGAUGUCUGGUAAGUUCCACAAAACUUAUCACCCAAAACUUCUUUAUAUUUGGUAAUCUGUAAGUAAUUUUGUUUAAUAAUAACCAUUUGCUUGACCAGUUUUCUUUUGGAAUUCUCUUCAUUAGAACUCUCAAGCACACCACAGCUUUUCAGUGGUGGCAAUGGUUUGCUAAUUUUCCUUUGUUCUAAAACAUUCUUACUAGUAUUUAGUAUUUCCAUCUCCCCAGCGCUAUACUCAAUUCCUUUCUCAUUUUAGUUCUUUCUUUGGGACCAUUUUCAUAGAUGUCUUUAAGAAACAAUGUUUUUUUAGUUUUUUUACUCUACCAAUUCCAAGAUACCUUAGGAAUACCCUUGGAUGGGUAGCAAGGCCUUCCUUGGUGAGUGAGUGGCUUCUCUUCAGAUUGUAUGCUAAAGAAAACCAUAACCAUCUCUCACCAACGUCAUCAAAGAUGAUGCUCUUUUACAAAAUCAAAAUGAAAAAAAUCAGUGGAAUAUGCAUCAGUUUGCAUUCAAAGAUGGUAGACGUGAUAGAGUGAUACGCUAGCGAGUUUUUUGUUUUCUCUCUUCAUUCCAUCCUAAAAUAUUUUUUGAAUCUACUUUUAUUUAUCUUUAAAGACAAUCUAAGAAUCAUUAAUAGCAUCUUUGCAGAAAGAACUUCCCCUUGUAGGUAUUUAUUAAAUACAUGACCUUUCCCAACAAUGCUUUUGAAUUCCUGACAAUUUUCUUUUUCUUAACAUAUUCUCCUGUCAGCUUGCAAGUUGUUAUGGUUCACAAGCAGUAGUGUGCUGGUAAAGAGGGAGAUAUAUUCAAGAUACACUUUUAAGUUUAGUCUGAAUUAUUUACUUUUCCAUCACUUUUUAAAAUCUAGAUAAUCAACAACAACUAAAUAAAUCAAGUCCUACUUUGUAAUGUUUUUCAACUUCUGAGGUACAAAUUCUCACACUGAAAAUUUAAUAAUCAGUUAUCACAAGCCAGUAAGAGUUGGCUCUAGCACACCCCCCAGCACAGGCAUAAAAGGGAGAGAGUUUAGAAAAUGAAAAAGAAAUGGAUGCCCUAAUCAACAAAUGGGAAAUACCAGCCCCUCCUCAAAAUUAUCACUAUUCACUUGCCUGCCUUCUCUUUCCCCAUCUAUGUGGAGAAUGAGAAUUGCACAUAGGUUAAAUACGUUGUUAUAGCUAUUCCAUAUGCAGAUAGACAUAGCUAUCUUUGCAAGCAAGGGAAUCCCAUGAGUCAAAGAGCCUUUCAAACUAACCACAAUGUCAAUAUGGAUUGAUAGUGAUGCCAAUGACCUUGUUGAACUAGAUAGAUAAAUUACAUUUUCUUCAAAGUGGGACAACACUGGUUGAUUUAUUCAUUAACUCAACAAAUAUAAUGGGUUCAUUGAUUGUUCUGCUUAUCAUAGGCCAGAUAUAAUUUGAUAUUUGCUUUUAAACAGCCGUUGAUGAUUCUUCACACUUGGCAUCAGCCCAUAUAGUUAUUCAUAGAAAGCUAGAUCUAUCUGUAGAUCUAUCUGGCUUUAUAUAAACCAGGAUACAUUUAUAUUCCUCUCUCAAGAAUUACAUGUGACUCUAAGAAUAGACGUCUGUAGAUCCUUGAAGAAAGAUAAGUAAGGGUAAAUAAAUGUACAUGAAAAGCUUAUAUUGGAUAUCAGAAAGAGCCAUUAGGCUUUGCAAUCAGCGAUCCAUGUUCUAAUCUCAGCUGAGUAUCAUAGGAUCAUAUCAUCUACAAGGACCCCUAUGAAGGAACUUUACAGAGCACCUAAUCUAAAACAUUUUACAGAUGAGAAAACUGAGGCUCAGAGAAUUGCAUGACUUUUCCAAGGUUACAUAAGUAACAACUGAAAGAACUGAGAUUUGAACUUUGGUUAUCUGACUCCAGAUGCACCAACCUUUCCAUUGCAUCUGUUUGGGGUCUUACCUAUAUAACCUUGGGCAGGUCCCUUAAAUUUUCUGAAAAUUAGUUUCCUAUUCUGUAAAAAUGAUUGUCAAGUGAGGUUUUCUUUAAUUAUCUGGCUAAAUCUAAGAAAUUGAAUGAAUGCUAUUUUCUACCUCCUCACAGAGUAUCAGGAAUUGCCAUCCUGAUCUCAAACAUUAUGGGCACUGGCAAAUCUAAUGCUAGUAAAAAUCCCGAUCUUAUUUCUAGACCAUUGAACUUUUGAUUCAUUUAAGAUAGCUAUACUGAUGCAUCUCAAUUUGAACUAGAAAGUAACUGAGUCAAGCUACCCCUCCCCUAAGAAGACUAAAUAAGAUCUUGCCAUUUGAGUUUUUAACAUUUAUUUUGUUAGUUUGUUUUAAUUAUUUCUUAUUUUAAUUUAAGUUGAUUUAGUUUUCUAUGACCUGACCAACUUCAACAAGUUUUAUCUUCCAACUUAGACAGAGAACUAGGUACUAACAAUUAGUCCAUAUGUAAGAUGAGAAAUGCUUCUUAAAUUUUUGGGUAAAUUAAUAGAAUUAUUCUCUGAGACUAGGUUCUUUGCUAGUAGGAACCUAGCUGUAAGAUCUUUUUGUUUUUCUGUGCUCUGGAUUCAUCACUCAUUAAUUUCAUCCUUCUCCAGUUCAUUUUAAGGUCCUGCUAAUCAUAAGACAUCAUGCUAGGCAAAGAUGUGAAUGGAUAGCACCAAAGCUUGCUCUGAAGGAAGUUAGUACCCUUAAGGGGCAGUGGAAAGGAAGGAGAGCAUUCUAGACAAGGGGGAACAUCUCUGCAAAGGUGGAAAUAAAAUAAAUCAUAUAUAUGUGUGUAUAUAUAUAUAUAUAUACACAAGGAAUAGAGAGCAGACUGGUUUGACAGGAACAGAAUAUGUGGGAAAGGGGAGUGAUAUGAAAUGAGCCUUAAAAAGUUGGCAAGAAAAAAACUAUUCCACUGGGGGGGAAAAAAAAGUUGGCAGGAAGUAUCUCCCAUACAACCUUUGAGCUUUACAUUAUUUUGUACCUUUCACACCUUUUUUUGAACCCAUACUUGUGAUUUCUUCAGAUUAGAGAGUUCUCAGGGAGGUGCUAUUACUACCAGAACAGAUUGACACGUAUUCUUAGAUAUUUCCCUGGGGGCAUCUAGAAGUUAAAUGACUUGUCAAGGGUCAUACAGUCAGUAUAUGUCAGAGGCAGGAUUUGAACCAAGGUUUGUGUGACUCCAGGGCUCUAUCUCUCUUUCUGUCCAACACACCAUAAUGUCUUGUCUAGCACCUGGUAAGCCCUUAAAAAUAUUUCCUGAAUAGAAUAUCAAACAGGUCACUACUUGAGUUAUCUUGAACUCCUCUCUCCCAGCUUCAGUUUUUUGUCAUCAGUAAAAUGAGGAGGUUGGACUUGAUCAUCUCUAAUGCCAGUUCAAAUUGUAAAUUCAUCAUUCUACUACUGAAUAUAGGUAUAAGUUGCUCCAUCUUUUAUUUUUCAGAAACUGUGCCAGCCUAAAGGAAGAACAACUGUACGCGUUCUACAAGGAAUGAAAUGAAUGAAGAAAGUUGGAUUUUAAAAUAAGUCCUAAUGCUUUGGGUGUUUGGAAGUGGAUUCAUCCAAGUAUUUAUGAUGCCAGCUGUAUUAUUACCAUUAGCUAUUUUUCCUUGUUAGUUAUUAGAGGAGAUAGUCUCAGAACAUCUCAAAAAAUCCUCCCCUUCCCCAACCAAAAACAAAAAUAGUGUGUUGAAUUUGAGGCAAUACAGUGGCCAAAAUAACAGCUGAUCUUAGAUGAAAAGAAAGCCCAUAUUAUGAAAGACAUGACGUCUCAACCCCAGAGAUGAACCAUGAAAUAUGCCCUAUGGUACUAUUCUGCUGUCUAUUUUCCUUAUGUGAUGUAUUUUGCAAUUUCCUAACAUUUGCAUAGAGUAGAGCCAAGGGUUGCCUAUGGUUUGCUCAUAGCCAGUUCAGACCCAUCUAUUUGCCUAACUAAAAAUCUCCCCUCAUUUAAAAGACUCUUGAAGGGACAUGACUCAUGAGAUAACCAGGACUAAGUGAACAUGAAAAGAGAAUGACUAAGAAUGUUCAUUAACAGAGCAUGAGAUCUUUGAAAACUUCUCACCGAUCCAUCUGCAGCCUGUGCUUCAAGGACAUCUCAAAAAUCUAAUUAGUCUAUUUGUUUGUUUACUGAGCUCUCUACUUUAGCUUUUAAAAAAAGGAUAUCUCUGUGUGUAUGUAUAUAUAUAGAUACAUAUACAUAUAUAUAUAUAUACAUAUGCAUAUACAUGUAUCUCCAAGAUACGGAUUUGUACAAAUUUUAUAUUUUAGCAUUAGACUGUAAGGUGUUUUUUAAACAGCCAGUGAAGCCUCUGUUAUCACCCAGAAAUUGAGCAAAGCAGAAGAAGAUGGAAGACUAUUUGUGUUACUUCCUUUCUUCUAAAAAUGAAAUUAUUCAGAAUGUGGUUUUACCUGUUCUAAUGCUCACUGAAGAGCAUUAAAUAAGAGCCAUUUUCCAAACAUGCAUUGGGCCAUACCUCAAUUAGCAUUUUGGAAAUAAAUUAGAAUUUUAAUAAAGAUUCUUUGCUCCUUGAUUGUGAUGAUGAACUAUGGUUCUAACCCUAAACAGUCUCUGUGGUCUGCAGUCACACAUAAUUCUAGAAAGCCAUUUCCCUUGAAUUGUGCAUUUCUAUGACAAUAAGCAGAAAUAUUUAAAAAGUGCUUGUUUGUUUUUUAAAGGAAAAAUGCUCUGUAUGAGAAAAUGUAUCACCAUAGCCACCUACAGAUGCCACCAAAGGUUUUUAAAUCAUCAGCAGAGAGUUAAUAAACAACUAUUUGUAAACUAGAUCUCUCUUUUUUUUCCAUAAAGAUUUUUGUGCACAAUAAGAGAGAGCUUAAAAGUAGAAAUGCCUGCUGGGAGAUUGCCUCUGAUGAACUUCUCCCCAUACCCCUAGGUAGAGCACCCCUGUAAGGGAAGGUUUGCCACUGUUACGGAAUGGAAACACUUUGGAAAGUUCUAGAAACCUGAGGCUCUAUUCAGAAACACAGUCGGACCUCAGUAAUGUAGGUUAAGGCUAAGGUUGCUCAUGUUUGGGAUAAGCACUCCACAAAUAAGAUUGUGGGCUGCUCUGCUGCUGGCAUUCUCUUUCACUACUAAUUGACUAAUCGGAGGGAAGCCUAUUUUUUUAGCAAAGACAAAUAAACUUAAGUUAGAACUUAGUGGACUGGUCUACACCACUUAGAACUUCAGCUUCUAAGGAUGUCGAUAUGUGCAAGAUAUGAUUUGGCUUUAAAUGUUAUUUAUUAGCUGUAAAUAUGUGAGUGUUUGCGUGGGUGUGUGUGUAAAGGUAGUUUGUAUAUAUUGACAUGAGUAUCGAGGCUUUCUGCAUUUAUAUAUGCGCGGUGCUAACUCUGUAAAUACUUUUUAAUAGUAAUGUUGUCUCACUGAAGCAAAUUUGCCCUUACGAAAGACUGCAGUAGACUGAGCUUUUCAUUAAAGAGACAUUCUUAACUCUGUCAAGAAGUAAAACUUGCUUUUAAUAAAAAUGAACAAAAUUCGA